GUAUAGAUCAGUAAACGGAAACUCCUAAAUUUGCCGAAUGUAUAGUCCAGUAUCCUGAAUUCCUUCUUACCUUGGUAUUCUCUCACAAAGUCAACCAGUAAUAUCAGCUAAAAUUGUAUAAUUUUCAUAUUUUACAAGUAUACCUUACGAUUGAAUACUCAUAAACCAUGGCUAUUACUACACCUGUUCACGAAAAAGUAUGGUUCGACAAGGCUUCUCAUGAGAAAGCUGAACGUGUUCAUUUUGAAAACAUAGCAAAGAAGAGCCGAGUGUCUAGUUCUUCAGACAAUUUUACCGGUGGAAGUUUGGCCAAAGAAGUUGCGAAGGCGCGGCAACACAUUAAAAAGGGUUUGCAGUGUCUAUCUACAAUUAAUACCACAUGCAGUACUUCUAAUGAAGAAUUAUUAAAACGUAUUGAAGCUAUAGAGCUAAAAAAUGAACGUCUCGAAGCUUCACUACAAAAAGUAAACCAGAAUCUCGCUGAAUUGUUGAUAACUGUACAAAAGCUUCAGGCUAAUCAAUCAUGUCCGCCUGUUACUCCGCACAUCGCUGUUUGCCCUGCAAAACCUAGUGCAGCUGAAGCACCUAAAGAUAAUGAUAAUGAUGAUGAUGAUGAUGAUGAUGAUGUAGAUUUAUUUGGUUCUGAUUCAGAGGAUGAAGAUGCCGAAGCAGCCCGAAUUCGUAAAGAACGUUUAGAAGCAUAUGCAGCAAAAAAAUCAAAAAAACCAGCGUUAAUUGCAAAAUCUAAUAUUAUUUUGGAUAUAAAACCAUGGGAUGAUGAAACUGAUAUGGAAGCAAUGGAAGCUGAAGUAAGAAAAAUCAAGUGUGAUGGAUUACUCUGGGGAGCAGCAAAAAAAGUUCCAUUGGCAUAUACUAUUGUUAAACUUCAAAUAUCAUGUGUAAUUGAAGAUGAUAAAGUAUCAGUUGAUUGGUUAACAGAACAAAUAGAAGGAAUUACAGAAUUGGUUCAAAGCGUUGAUAUUGCAGCAUUCAAUAAAAUAUAAAGAAUUAAAUGUCAAUUAAAUCUUUAAAAUAUGUUUAUAUUUUGUCAACGUUUCCAUUCCAUGAUUGGUAAAUAAAAUUUAAUUAAGUAGAAAA